UCAAGAUAAAUCAUAAUUCUAAAUAAUGAAUAAUUAUAUGAUUUAUAAAAACCACGAUCAAAAAGAUAGUUUGUAAUGAACCGAACGAGAAUCAUUAAUGUUCAAUAGAUAAUUCUAUUUGUAAAAUAUUAUUUAUACGAAAUCGUUGGAGUGUGUGGAUAUUAGUACAGAGAAAAUGAUAAAUAUUUUUUUAACACAUACAAUUUUUCAUACUUCGUACGUUGAUAAAAUAUAUACAAGCGAACCUCUCCCUGUUCAUGGCCAGAUAAGGCUGGAGCGAAAAAGAUAAGGACGAGCGAAAACUAUAAAGGAUAGUUCAAUACCAUUUCCCCCGUACAACCGUAUAUUCUAUUUUUGUGUUUAUCCAACGUUUUAAAACCCUCGCGAAUUGAUUACAUUAAUAAAAGAUUGAGCGCAUCGAGUGUAUAAACAGAGAAUUACAGAACACACUCUUAUCUAAACACGAUGCAUUGCGUGAUAAAAGCCGUUUUCGACGAAACUUGUUUCAUAUGAAUCACUUGUGAUAUACAUCAGUUCUGGGAUAAUGUAAGAAGGAUCAAGUUUAUGUGAUAAAUAGCUAUCUAUUUUUAUGGUAAAUUGCAACACAAAACUGUAACAAUGGGUUCAAUAGCCUUGGAAGAAUAUGAGUUAAUGAAAGACUCUAAAUAUAGAGUCUAUGUGUCUGCUGUUGAUAAAGCUCUAAAGAGCUUUGAAUAUACCAGCGAAUGGGCAGAUUUAAUUUCUGCUCUUGGAAAAUUAAACAAGGUGUUACUAAGUCAUAUGAAGUUUCCAGUUAUUCCUAGAAGAAUUAAGAUAUCUAAAAGAUUAGCACAGUGUAUGCAUCCAGCUUUGCCAUCCGGUGUUCAUUUAAAAGCUCUAGAAACUUAUGACAUUAUUUUUAAAUGUAUGGGCACUAACAGACUGAGUCAUGAACUCUUUAUAUACAGUGCUGGUCUAUUUCCAUUGUUAGGUCAUGCUGCUAUGAAUGUAAGACCAUCCUUAUUAACAGUAUACGAAACACAUUUUGUCCCUCUUGGAGAGAGAUUGAGGCCUGGUUUAAGCGGAUUUCUGAGCGGUGUUCUUCUUGGUUUAGAAGAUGGUUCUGACCAUUUUGAUAGAACCAAUUCUUUACUUGAGAAAGUUUGCGAAGGAGUAGGUCCAGAACAUUUCUAUGCAUGUUUAUGGGAUUGUUUAGCUUCAAAUUCCGGAAUCCGGCUACCCGCUAUAUCAUUUGUAUUAGUACAUUUCAAUAAAAAACUGCCAAUGGAAGAACAGAAAUACAUAAUGGGCACAGACACUAAUAUUAUGGUAACUGCUCUUUGUGCUGGAGUACAAGACAGUUCUGUGUUAGUACAAAGAAGCGCUUUGGAUUUGCUAUUAGUUGGGUUUCCUGUACAUAAUAGUCAAUUAAUAUACAAGCAAAUGGUAUCACUAGUCACAGCUGCUCUUGUCACUAUAUUAAGAAGAGAUAUGAGUUUGAAUAGGCGAUUAUUUGCGUGGCUUCUGGGUACUGAAGUAAGCACUUCUAUUUUGAAAAGGAAAACGCAUGCAACAGUUUCAGAAAACACAGAAAAUACACCCACUUAUUUCGACAUGUAUUCAAAAGAAAUGUUGGUUGAAGCAAUAAAAUCAUUGUUGAAAACUGUAUGCGAGGAAAGUCCACAAGAUUUGAAACCAUACAGAAUAUUAGUUUCGUUGUUAGAAAAAGUAGAUAUCGGUCCAGUAAUUUUGGAUGAUAUUUUAUGUGAAGUUUUUAGGACAUUUUAUAAUGCUUGUGGACAGUCGAACAGAGUACCAAAGACGAACGAAGUGGUAAAGUCAGCAAAUUUAUUAUUUUCAACUUUGGAACCAUCUUACGUUUGGAUACAUUGCGGACAUCUGUUUGAAAAAGCUUGUCAAACUCGGGCUAGAACAAAACACGAGGUAGAGGAAGUGGUUGUAAGACCUGUGGGUAGUGGAAUGCCAAAUUUCAUGGAAGUCUGUAUAUUAACGGAAUUCUUACUCGACACGGUGUCGUUGGAUGCAUUUAUAGAUACUCCAUCGGAGCAUCUACCCGGUUUAUUUUAUGAAAUCAUCAAUAAAAUUAUGUUGCACAUCGAUAUUCUGUCUCCUAUGGAGAUUUCAAGAAGUCUUAAAUUGUGCGCUAAGAUUUUAUCGAAGGUCCAACCAACGGUGGUUUCAACUCACACAGACAAAAAUGAGUUAGAAACAAAAUUGGAUGCAACCACGAAUGGCAAUUCUGCCACAGCAUUUAGCGACAAUUCUUUGACUGCUAUCCCUUUGGAAAAGAGUCAAUCCGAUAGUAAAUUAAAUAAACCCGAUACUUCAAGCGGUUCGUUUUCCGAAAAGAGUCCGAGUCCUAGGAGAAGAGCAAACUCGGGAGGUGCUACCAAAAGAUCUGAUAAAAAGUCGAAAAAGAAAUCCAGCAAAAGUGCCUCUAAGUUGAGCGAUUCUUUGCAAGAUCAGGGCAGUAAUGUUUCGGUGGUUAUAACCCAAGAAUCUAUAGGUUUACCGAGAAAUAAGAGCAUGGAUGACAUAAAAACUGAAUGUAUAGAAGGAAACAGUACUAGUUCACCAUCUAAGGAUCAAUUAAUUACGUUGAAGCAAACAAGUAAAAAUAGUCCCAUGGGUUCCACAGGAUCUCUGGGUAGAGGUCCGUCUCCGGCGUUUCAAGCACAACAUACGAUGUUAGAAAAAUGUUUAAGGCAAUACGAAACCUUUUAUGUUAAACUAAUUAGUAACAGAGUGUUGAGCAAAGAGAGAAUGGUACACGAUAUGUUUGAUAGUUUACUGAUAUCGUGUCCAAGGGAGAGUUUCGACGAAAGAAUGCGAUAUUUAGAACUCCUGUUAAACUCUAGAUUAAAUAUGGAAGAUUCUGGUUUCUUCAGUCAAGAUGUAUCUGUGACAGAAGAUAACAAACACUUGGAUAUCCUUCAUUUGUAUAUCGAUUCUGUAUCACCAACCGAAUGGGAGGAACCUAUAAGAAUUGCGUCUAGUUUGUUCGUUGAACUCUCUACGUUUCCCAAGUAUUUUCUUCCUGGCGAUGGAAUGUUCGUAGAAGAAGAGCCAAAAGGAAAUAUGGUUCUUCCAGAGUGGUUAAAAGUUUUAGUAGUUUGUAGCUGUUGGUUGGGAAAGCAACCUGCUCUACAACUGACCAGUAUUGCUACAUUGUUGGAUUUAACGGCAUUACUGAAAGCUCACAGCGAUAUUGACACCCAUACAAAGAGUGGAGAGGGCGUCACAUCUGUAAUUAUGGUACCAUUAUUGAAACAGUGGCAUAUAAUUUACUUGAUGCAAUAUACCAAUGUGUUUCAGGUACUGGCGCAUUCUUUGUGGUAUCAUCUAGGUGAAUUACCCGCUCACAAAUAUAGAAUGCGUUGCGUUGAAUUGUUACACGAAUUACAUCACGCUUUGCAUAAUUCUUGUGAUGCAGUCGAAGAUGUAAUAGGAGCAGCGCUCACAUCAGAAAAUAUAGAGAAAAGAAUAGAAGCGUUUAAUAGAUUUUCGACCCUGUGGCAUCUAGGACGAGAAAUUGAAACGAACCCUAGGUUACGAGGCUGUUUGAAAUCUUUCGAUCAGUCAUUGUUGAAAAUAUUGGAUAAUCUACAACUCUGCGAUAAUUCUCCUUUAAAGCUUCACGCUCAGUCAUGGCUUCUUCACUCUUUAAUGCGAGGCGAUAUUUCACGGAUAGUGGACCCGUUAUUAAUAAUACUAUUGGAUCCAUCUACUUGCCGCAUGAGCGUACUUCAUGUCAGUAUACAGCACAGUAAUACUGUUUUGACAAAGAACGAUCCCAUAGAAGAAAAAUCUGAGAUACAAGAUGACACCGAAGGAGCGGCAAAAAUAUACGCGAUCAGCUCCGUAGAUGGAAACGUGAUAUAUCACGUUAGCGAUAGCGUGGAUGAGGAUAAAAAAUGGCGAAAGGGCAAAAAAAAGAAAAAAACCAUAAAUCCAGUAAAAGUGAAGAGAAUAUUUGCCGUGACAACACUGGCAGCUGGUGAAAAUUGCAAUCAGUAUGUGACCGAGAAGAAUCAGUUUAUGAAAGAACUGGAAGUGCCACCUAGCAUAUCGGGUAAUCGAAAGAUAUCCGUAUUCGUCAAUCCACUGUCAUUAAAUUGCAACGAGAAUUCCAACGAUUCCUUAACAGAGGAUGAUUCGUUGCCUAGCGUGAAGAAGGCAAAUUUAACGACAGAGUUGUUGAAAAAUGCAACAAGAUUUAAGAAGAUGGAUUUUGAUAAAGGUUCAACGGCUAGUUUGGAUGAGAGUCUCUUCGAGUCGGCAAAUUCUAGUUUAAAAACGAAGGAUAAAAAUGGAUUCAAGAAAUUAAACGGAGAAGUUGGCUCGUCGUUGGAUUCUAUUACCAAUAGCUUCGAUUCUAGUAGUCCUGAAAUAACUAAUAAACAAACGAAAGCGAAAAAAGAAGCCGUUGUAAUGCCAGGCAGUUCUAGAGAAGUAGCUGGGACUAUCAUUAAGGGUAAAUAUCACAGUACAAAUGAAUUUACAACAAAUUACGAUGUACACGAUGUUGGAAGCUUUGAGGCAAGUGUCGAAGUACCUAGUUGGACAAUGGAUGACGAUGAAGCUGACUUGGAUGUUAGUACAACCGCUGAAGAAUACUUUAGCAACUCUGGUUGCAACAGUAUAGUGGAAGAAAUUUUAAAUGACGUUCUUGAUCGUGUAAUGCAAUUAUGCGACAUCACUGAACCAUCGAAAAACGAUGACGAGAGUACAUACCAGAAUACAAAAUCUGGUCGUAAUUUUGGAAUCGGAGUACAUAAUCUUCAUUCACAUAUGCUACUUUAUUGUGGAGUUUACGACUCGAUUAGAACGCUUUAUGCAUUACGUACACUUCGUAAUGAAUUAUUAACCAACACUAGAAUGUUUUUGUGCUGUGCCGCGACCACUAGUGUGUCUAAUACAACAAAAAAUACAACGUUGUUAAAUUUACUAGCGAGACACCGAAAAAGUGUGUUUGGUAGAAACUUCCAUGGGGAUAUAGCUAAUACAGAAUUCAUAGCAGCUUAUAGAAGUAGUAUGUACUUAGAAGUUUUAAUUAGCGUGUGCCUUUAUUUCGCAAGAAGUUAUUAUCCUAAUCUUGGACAGAUGAGGCUAACGCAUGAAGAAAUCGCCGGGAAUCGACAAGUGCAACUUGCAAGCGCAGAGCUAUUAACGCUUAUAUUCUCCGAGUUAAUUCCCAUCGUUCGUGAUUCAGGAAAAGGUUUCAGUUGUUACAUAGUCGAUCUACUUGCUAAAUGUAAAGUACAAAAGGUUGCGUUGCACUGUCUUGUGUCUAGCGUAAUGAAUAUGAAAAAUGCGCAUAAGGAAAGCGAAGAAGUAUUUACAUUUACCGAAGAGAUUAUUUUGUUCAAUGAUCCAAUGAUGGAUAAUGAUACUAAUAAAUGCAGGUACAGAGCUAGCGAUCACACGGAAGCUUUUCAAAUACAAUUACUACGACUAUUAUUAGCUUUAAUCAUGUUGGAACAUCAAUGUGGUAGUCAAAAAGGUGAGGAACUAUGCCCGCCAAUUAUAUCGACACCGAGUACUCCAACACGAACUGUUCCAAAUAUUAUGGGAAAUAGCUUAAAAUACAUACCCGGUGCAGCAAUUCCACAACAACCAAUGUUUCUCGCUAGCAUACUAAGUGCAUUACAAUUGGACCACAUGAGGCAUUUGCAUCAACAUUGGACAACUCUUGUUACAUCGAGUCUUCCGUUUAUGGGAUCUUCGUUAACUUCGAUAGUAACGUCAGUCAUUCACCAACUGUGUUGCAACAUUGAACAUUUGGCGUCGUACUAUAUUAACGAGGAAACAAUAACGGCAACAAAGUUACAGGAUAUCAGUACAGUUGAAUGUUGUCUUCCUGCGGAUUAUACAGUUACACAUUUAGAAGCUUUAACAUUUUUACUUCAUUACUGCUUAUUGGAUACAUCACAGCAGAUGGGGUUUUCCUUUAAUCAGCCCUUGAGUGGUACAAUUCAGACUGGAAUUCCUGGGGCAAAUCCAGGACAGAUAUUUAAUAAUCUUAUUCAUGUAUUUAUGCCGAGUCCUCUAUCUCCAGAUCUCACUACGUCAAAAGAUAAAAGUGGCCCGAGUGAAUUACAGCAGCACGCUAGAAGAACCGCUUUGAGUCAUCUACCGAGAAUAAUCGCAUCUCUGUCUACUCUUUGGCAAGCAGUCUUAGCAACAAAAGACAACGAUCAAGCCAGUUGUGUGGUUGGUAGUCCAAGAAUAGUGAAACAUCAGCUUUUAGAACUUCUGUCUCCUAUAUCUUUCCAUCAUGGAGUAAACUUCUUGGCCGCGAUUGCUGUUGCUUGGCACGAAAGGCGACAAUCCUGUAGUACUUCUAAGAAGGUACUUCCGGAAGCUUGUCCGAAUCAACAAGUGAUGGUUGAUUUAGUGAGCGCAAUUCGUGUAAUGCCUAUUGAUACUUUAGUCCAAACCGUGCAUCAGGUUGUAAAAAACCCUCCACCGAUUCAUGGUGUGAAACAAGACUUUUCGUUAGAAGUUUCUGUGUUAGAGUUGCUUUAUGUCUACAUGCAAAGUAACACGUCUCAAUCUCUUAUCGAAUCGUGGGCGUCUUUGCUGGGUUUGCUCAAAGAUGGGCUAUCCUUAACUGCACCGGCUCAAUUUCUGUUACUAGCAAUUUUAAAUGAAUACGUACAAAAAUGUCCCCCUAUGCAAGAGAAAAAAGAUAUAAGAGAUCUACAAGAUGUAUCGGCAAAGUUAGUUGAAUCGUGUUCGCAAAUAGCCGGAUCAUGUUUAGAACAAACAACAUGGCUAAGAAGAAACUUAGCAGUAAGAGAAGAUGCGUUUGAAGUGGUCGAAGGAUCUUCGGAAGUAACACCCGGUACACCACCUAAUGCAGCAUAUAGUGUUCAAGCUCAGGCAGUGUUAGCAGAAAUAUUAGCACCUUUAUUGGAUGUUAGUUAUGGUUCCCAAGAAAAAGAACGCGUAGUAACACUAUUAACCAAUCUCAUGUAUAAUGUCACACCAUAUCUUAAAAAUCACUCGACAAAGAACAUUGCCUCUUUUACGGCUUGCUCCCAAUUAUUGAGUUCCUUAUCAGGCUAUCAGUACACGAGAAAAGCAUGGCGCAAGGAUGUAUUGGAUCUUUUGUUAGAUUCUGCCUUUUUCCAAAUGACGCCAGCGUGUUUACCAUAUUGGAGGACUAUAAUAGAUAAUUUAAUGACACACGACAAUACAACGUUUCGAGAUUUAAUGAAUCGCGUUUCCAUGGCUCAGAGUAGCAGCAUCAGUAUAUUUUCCUCGAAGGAACAGGAGUAUGAGCAGAAAGCUCAACUUCUGAAAAGAUUAGCAUACGUCAUACUUUGCAGUGAAAUGGAUCAGUAUCAUAAAUAUAUGCCUGAAAUUCAGGAACGGUUAGCAGAUAGUUUGCGAUUACCACAAGUUAUUCCAUCGAUUCAGGCACAAGUCUUUCUUUGUUUUCGAGUGUUACUUUUAAGAAUGUCACCGCAACAUGCUACUUCCUUAUGGCCCGUAAUAGUCAGCGAACUUGUUCAGGUCUUCCUAUAUAUUGAACAAGAAUUGAACACUGAUAGUGAAGAAUUUAGUCGUCAUGGCAGUUCACACAUAAAACUACUCUCAGCUUUGGAUUCAUCAUGGGCUGUAAAUGCUAGUAAUGGACUUCAAGCACAUGGUCAUCCUCACUGGUUACAGCUGCAACUUGCAGCUGCUAAAUUGUUAGAUUUAGCAUUACUCUUACCUGCUCACAGGCUUCCUCAGUUUCAGAUGUAUAGAUGGGCAUUUGUAGGAGAUUCAGCAGCAGGAUGUAUGGAAAAUAACAAUCUGUCUUCUGACUUUGUACCGCAUAUUACAAGAAUAGCAAAAUUGAUGGACAGCAAGUAUAAACAAGAACCAAAUCCUGUAAAAGCCACAGCCGGUGAACUACUCUUAACAUCUAAUAAUAUUCGUUCAUUGCAAGAUUUGCAUUAUUUUUUUACAACACUUAGUCGCAGAUCAAGUGACACUCAGGCACCAUUAAACAUCACACAGUUGGAAACCGUGAUAGAGCAAGAUUUUCUUGAAAAGAUGCCAGCUGCAAGGUAGUAGGGAUACAUUUUCAACAAUGUAGCAAAACAACUCUUACAGGAGAAAGAUGGAAGAAGCAUUUGAACACCUUUAUUCUUUGAUAUCUUUUUAAUGCACUAAUAUAAACGUUAAUUACAUAAGAUGAAUCGAAAUGAAACCUGAUUGUAUUAAGAAAAGAGCAGUUAGCUCAUUUAUUCACUUCUAUACGGUUUUAUUAUAAACUUGUACAUCGCAUAUUAAGUAACGUAGAACAUGUAAUAUAUAGAAAUAUUCAGAUCGAUAUUUGAUUUUUAUUAGCUAAGCUUCUAACUUGUCUCCUCAUUCGGUUGUGAAUAGUUAUCAAAAGAUACAAUAUGCCAGGCUGGAGCCUAGCUGAAUUAUAUCUGUAGAAAAUAUGUACAGUGUAAUAUAACUUUUUAUUGCAAUGUUAUUCUUUCAA